AUCCGCUGCGAGAGGAGGUUCAACUCAGCCGUACCCUCACGUUUUCGGAGAUUUUGUGUCUUCCAGUGUCUUUUCCCGGAAUCUUUGUAUCUUUUUCUCAUCCUCCGAGACCCGUUGGUGGAAAGAAUGACCAUGGGAGACCACGCCCAGAACGCGCCCGUGGCUUCGCUCGUGUUUCCGGUGUUAAUUCGACCGAUUUUGGCGCAGGUCGAGCGAGAGAAUGUAACCUCCGGCCAGACCCUGCGGGCUGCCCUCAGCAAGGUAGAGGCAGCACACCCAGGCUUCACCUACGAGCUGGUGAUGGGGUUGGUACGCAAGGCUGACCUCACCGUAAACAUGAACGAGUCUAUCCUCCGUCUGCAGGGCUCAGUGAACGAGUCAGAGUCUGGUGACUACAGGGUGACCAGAACGGAGGACGCCUUCCAGGAGCUGAACAAGAAGUCGGCCAACCUCAAGCGCAUUCUGUCCCGCAUUCCAGACGAGAUCACAGACAGAAAGACCUUCCUGGAGACAAUCAAGGAGAUUGCCAGCGCCAUCAAGAAGCUCCUGGAUGCCGUCUCCGAGGUUUCACAGUACAUCCCCGGCACACAGGGCAAGCAGUCGCUGGAGCAUCGCAAGCGCGACUUUGUCAAACACAGCAAGAAGUUCAGCAACACCUUAAAGGAGUACUUCAAGGAGGGACAAGCCAAUGCAGUGUUCGUGAGUGCCACUUACCUGAUUCAUCAAACCAACCUAAUAAUGCUCACCGUCAAGGACAAGUGUGAGUGAGAGCCUCCUGGUCAUCUUGCUCACUCACAUAGUCUCCUUCAAAGUCAUCGGGUUGUGCUGCACUGUGAGGCAGAGGAUCCUUGCGUUCCCAUCCUACCCCCAUCAGUCCUUUUCUCCUGCCCCCUACACCCUCUCAGUCCUUUUGGAACAGCAUGCCCACCUGCCAAUAGACUCAAAAAUGGAGUGGUUCCACUCCCCCCUCCUCCUGCACCCUCUCUCCAGCAGGUCCACGAUGGGCAGAUGGAAGGGGAAUGACCUCUGAAGCUCGGGACAGAGACGAGGAUAAAGAGGACCCACUUGUGCUAUAUGAGUGCAGGUGAAGAGGAAGGAAACCAUUGAUUUUCCUCUGAGGCCGAGUGUGCUUGCGUCUGUUAUAUAUAUGUAAAAAGAGAGACAAAAAAAAGAAAAAAAAAAAAGAGAUAGAGCAGUUUGUUGGAUAUAUUUUGAAAAGUAGAUAUUUGCCUUAUAUGUAUAUAAUGCAUAACUUGUAACAUAAGAAAAUCACGAAUAUGCUGUCUAUUUUAAAAAUGAAGUCAAUGCUUUGUGGAAGUAAAAAAAAAUGUAUGCAUUGGAAGUGUGAUGGAAUGCAGUAUGAGAGAAAGCCUGUGGAUGAGAUCUAGCAGUCACUAGAUCAGAUUCCUGUGCAAGAUGUUCAUUCAACAUGUUUUACAGAGUGUUUUUGUCAACUCUGCUUUAUCAAUAUUGUCAUUGCACUUGUGAAAUCAGUCUUCCUAGGCUGUCAUUCAUGAGCACCACUUUAAGGAAUGGCAUAUUGAAUUGGUCUAAGUUUAUAUCUUUUCUUUAGUGUGCUUUACUGGUUCUUAUAAAUCUGUUCAAUGUUCAUAUGUAAUAGAUUUUUUUUAAGCUAGUUCAUACAAAUAAGCUAUGUUCUUUCUUUGUGUCAUUCAUUUCCUGCCCUUUUCUUCUCGUAUAUCAUUAAGCCUCCUAGCUGAAAUUGUACAGUGCUUUGAGCAGUUGUUAGAGAAUUGUAUGUGUAUGAACAAUGCAGAGAGAUGUUUUAUACUGGAUGUCCUUUUUUUUCUUUUUUUUUUUCUUUUUUUUUUUUUUUUUUUUUUUUUACCCAUUCGCCAAGGAUUUAUGUUCUGUCCCCUGUAGUUUUUAGUGAAUUUUGUUACAUACAGAUGGCUCCACAUGUGCUCAGCCGGCAAGGAUUCUAUCAGUAGGCCCUAGUUACCGAUCCUGAUUUUCCCAUUCAUUGAAUUGGCUGUAAAAUUAAUACCAUUGCUAUCGAUACUGAUAUUAUUGUUAUUGAUGUUAUGAUUAUUAAAUUGUCAUUGAAAUAUUUUACACAAUGAAAUGAUACAAAAAAAAAAAAUACAAAAGUGAAGGAAAAGGGUAAACAGGUGAGAUAGGUAGUUCUGAUAAACUGGCUAUUUGGUGAUUAAGAACUUGUAGAGCCAUCUAUGUGUAAAUACAAUAAAUAAAAGUGUAUUACAGUGGGCAUGGCAUAUAUUCUUGGGGCGAAUGGGUUAAGCGAAAGACAAGCCAAGAAGUUAUUUUGUGACAAAAACUUUUCAAAACUUGUUGCUCAUCACACCAAGUAACCAGAGUACAGAAUUGGGAGAGGAAUGCAGAGACCUUAAUCACACCAAGGUUUGACACAUUCCAGUGCUAUGCAGGGCUCAAGGAACUUGCAGUGCCUUUGCCAGGGAGACGUAAACUGUCCCUGAUUUACAUGUUUUGGCUCCACCGGUUUCCUUGGGCUUUUGUGUUAGGUUUAUGUGAUACAGUUUGGUUUUCUUUUAUCUUGUAUCUUUUGUCAUUUCUCCUUAUUUUUUUCUCUUUGUAGUUUUUUUCUUCUUUUAAUUUUAUUUUUCUCUUUACUUUGCUUUUUCUCAUCAUUUUGCCUACUUUUUUUAUAUCACAGCAAUUCUUGGUCAAGACUUCAAAAUUCAUGGAUAUCAUGACAUUAUUUUGUCUGAAUUCUUCUUUGUUACUGAUAUUCUCUCUCUCUCUCUCUCUCUCUCUCUCUCUCUCUCUCUCUCUCUCUCUCUCUCUCUCUCUCUCUCUCUCUCUCUCUCUCUCUUCCUCUUUUCCUCCCUCCCUCCCUUUCUCCUCUCUCUCUCUCUCCCUCUCUCCCUUUUCCCUCUUUCCCUCCCAUUCCUUCUCUCUCCUUUUUUUCUUUUUCUUUUUUUUAUGACAGUUUACAAGCAAAGAGAAACCACUUUGAUAAAUCAUUAAUUCCACUUCAUUUGUUUUUAUUUAUUAAAAUCUAGUCCUAAUUAACAUAUGUGUAUAGUUAAUUGGUCAGUUGCAUGUAGAAUUUGCUUGUUCUGUUAGAUUGGUUGGUUGGCAUACGUACUUCUCUUCAGCAGAAAGCUUUUAUUUAUCAGCAUUGGGGUCCAGGUUGUGCUGCCUCUCAUUGGUGAUCUGGAGCUGUUUUAGCGGCUGCUGUGUCCUUCUUUCCAUUCCUCGUUUUCUCUCCUUUCUUUUAUGAUGAUUUAUUAUGAUUUUUAUAUUAUUACAUGUAUGUAUGUAUGUCUUAUAUUUUUGCAAUAUAGAUUGAUGUACUUUAUUCUGUUUUAUUGUUUUAAUUAUUCUCCUUUUUGCUCCUUUUCUUUGCUCUUUCUUGUUGUCCUUGUUCUUCUUUGUGUAAGUUACAGGUACAGUUUGGUGAAGUUAGUAGACAUGCACUUUUCACACCCUCGGCAACAGUGUUGCCAAACCAAAGAAAAUGACACUGGAAGUACACUGGUAAGGGUGAGGUACAUUUAACACUAACAAAGAUGCAGUUAAAAAAGAUAUGUAUAUACUUAUUACUCCUCCCCCCUCCCCACCUCUCCCCCUCCCAAGGCAAGCAUGGCAUCUUAAUGGUUCAACUUAUUAUUAUUAUUUAUUUAUUUAUUUAUUUAUUUAUUUUCUUGAUUUGCAACACUGACAAUCAGAAAAGCACUCAUAAUAAAGGAGUGACGAUCAAACAUACAGAAGCUUGGGGUCACAUUCCAUAAUCUUAAGUUGUAAGUGUCUCCACAUGGAACAAACACCACAACAUCUGUAUCUGACCUUAUUUGUCUACAUUUUUUUUAAAUAAGAAAGCUCCUGUGUUGUUAUAGAUGAUUGCAACAGAGGUCAUCCUUUAUCCUCUGCAUUAAGAGUAAUGAUUUCUUUUUUCUUUUUAAAGAUUGUAACUAUUAUGAAGACACACGUGCGCCAAACACAAACACACACACACACACACACACACACACACACACACACACACACACACACACACACACACACACACACACACACACACACACACACACACACACACACACACAUAUACACAUAUAUAUACACAUAUAUAUAUACACAUAUAUAUACACAUAUACACAUACACAUAUACAUAUACAUAUACACAUACACAUAUACACAUAUACACAUACACAUAUAUACAUAUACACAUACACAUAUAUACAUAUACACAUACACAUAUAUACAUAUACACAUACACAUACAUACAUAUACACAUACACAUACAUACACACACACAUUUAAAUUAUCUGAAAAUCUCAAGCAAUAAGAGGUAUAUUUGAUCAGAUAAGAUACAUGUUGAUUCUUGUGUGUGGAGGACUGAGGUGAACAUGGGUUUUGUAUGCAGCCUUGAACCAAUAAAUAUAUCCUCUUCG